UUGUUUGUGUUUUUGUCUGCCCUGUGGUUGACGACCUUGGCCCUUUUGUGGGGAAUGUGACCCUGAGCUGUUUCUCUCAGUACACGGAAGGCGGGAGGAAUAUUUAUCUGUCUUCAAGGCUUUGCAGAGAGCAGAGAGAGGGGACUGGUAUACAUUUGGAGGCUGGGAGGUGGGUAGCGGGCAGUGGGUGCUCCCUGAGGAUGACCCCAGAGGGCCCCCCGGGGAAGUGAGAGUGAAGACCUCCAGGCCUUCAAGGUCAAACCGCAUGCAGAUCUAGCUUCCAGGAACAGAUGGCAUUGAUAAACUGGGGUUGGUGACACUGGGUCAACUCUCCACCCACCUUCCUUUGCUGCCCAGUAAUUUUGGGAUGUGUGAGUCAUGGGAAGAAUACAGGACAAACACACCCUUAGAGUACGAAAAGGCCACUCCUGUUUUCCCCUGGUUAUUGAGAUUGGCUGGGGCCCGUGAGGUGGCAGUGCUCAGAGGCAUCCCUUAGGAGCCUCGGCAAGGGGGAUGAAAUUCCAGGAAUCCACCAGCUGCCAGACGCCGGGAGAGACCCCCAGACCUCCCGGGUCCUGGCUGUGAGCCCGGAUCAGGCUUCUGAGUGGCAUCUGGUCAAGAUGAGGAUCCUCUUACAAGAGCCGGUGUCUGGGGCCUGGAUGGAGAACACUUCUCUCAGCUACGAGUACGCGGAUUACGACGGGGUUCCGGAUCUCCCCGUGGACUGCGUGGACGGCCUCUGCGUCUCCACCGACCCGCUGCGCACCGCCCCGUUCCUGCUGUACGCCGCGGUCUUCCUGGUGGGCGUGCCCGGCAACGCGAUGGUGGCCUGGGUGACCUGGAAAGAGGCCCGCCAGAGGGUCGGCGCCACCUGGUUCCUCCACUUGGCCGCGGCGGAUCUGCUCUGCUGUGCGUCUCUGCCCCUCCUGGCGGUGCCCAUCGCGCGCGGGGGCCACUGGCCGUACGGGGCGGCGGGCUGUCGGGCCCUGCCCUCGGGCAUCCUGCUGUCCAUGUACGCCAGCGUGCUCCUUCUGGCCGCUCUCAGCGCCGACCUCUGCCUGCGGGCCCUCAGGCCCGGCUGGGGGGCGGCGGCGGGGCGGGCGCGCGGGGUGCAGGUAGCCUGCGGGGUCGCCUGGACCGUGGCCUCGCUGCUCACCGUGCCCUCGGCCAUCUACCGCCGGCUGCACCAGGAGCAUUUCCCUCACCGGCUGCAGUGUGUGGUGGACUACGGAGGCUCCGCCGUGGUGGAGAACGCGGUGACCGCCACCCGCUUUGUUUUUGGCUUCCUGGGGCCGCUGGUGGUCGUGGCCAGCUGCCACGGGGCCCUUCUGUGCCGCGUGGCCCGACACCGCUGGCCACUGGGCAUGGCCGUAGUGGUGGGGUUUUUUGUCUGCUGGACCCCCUACCACCUGCUGGGGCUGGUAAUCACCGCGGCUGCCCCGCACUCCGCGCUCCUGGCCGGGGCCCUGCGGGCUGAACCGCUGGUCAACGGCCUCGCUCUGGCUCACAGCUGCCUCAAUCCCAUGCUCUUCUUGUACUUAGGGAGGACUCAGCUGCAAAGGUCACUGCCAGCCGCCUGUCGCCGGGCCCUGAAGGAGUCACAGAGCAAGGAUGAAAAUGCGGUCAGCCAGAAAUCCACCAGCCAUGAUCUAGUCUCGGAGAUGGGCGUGUAGGCUAGAAGGAAACUGGUUUGUGUGAGUCCAUCCGAUUUCGCAAGGCUAGCUUCAGGCAUAGCUGGAUCCAGCAGCUCAAUGAUAUCAUUUCCUUAUUUAUUCAUUCAACAAGCAUUCAUUACGCACCUCCUAUGUGUAAGGCCUUAUUGUAGGCACUGGGGAAGUAGCAGUGACUAAAACAGACACGAAUCCCUGCCCUCAGGAAACUGACAUUCUAUUGGAGGAAGACAGGCAAUAAGCAAAGGAAAAAGAAAUAUGGAAUAUAUCAAUCAAGUGGUGACAAGUGCCAACCUAAAGGGGACAAAGAGGACUGAGUGGGGCAGGGAUUUAGGUAAGCUAGGCAAGGCCCAUUGGGUAAGGUGAUAUUUGAGCCAAGACCUGAGGAAGGGAGGAAGGAGUCAUGCUUAAAUCUGGCAGAAAAGCAUGUCAAGCACAGGGAGCAGCAAGUACAAAGGCCCUGAGGCACAAUAUGCUUGGCCCAUUUCAGGAAGAGUGAAGAGGCCAAUGUGAAUGAAGCAGAGGGAGCAAGAGGGAAAGUGGAGUGAGACGAAGGGAGAGAGGUAGUGGGGGGCUGGAUCUGAAAGCCUUCCAGGCCAUAGCAAGUGUUUGGAGAUCCGUGGCAGUGUUCUGAGCUACUGUUAUCAGAUAAAAUAUACAACACCAAAUUAAAUUUGGGUUUUGGGUUUCAGAUAAACAACAAGAAAACGGGGGGGGGUGUUUUUGUUUGUUUGUUUUGUUU